AUGGAGAAAAAUAGUCAUCAAGAGCUCACUGUAUUGGAGAGAGAGAAGCUCCUCAAAUCCGGUGCUUCUGAUAUACUGUUCUGCGUCAGUCAAUUGAAGCUGGUUGAAGCUCAUAAUGAGAAUAGGUCUCGAGAGCUAGAGCUUAAGGCGAAGGAGCUGCAGAGUUUGAGCUCAGAUAUUGAUAAAAAGGUGAAAGAUUUCGAAAAGGAAAAGUCUGAAGCUGGUAACUUGAAGAAAAUGGUCGAAGAAUGUACACAAGAACUCAGGUCGAAGCAAAAUGAGCUGGGACACUUUACGGCUCAGCUUCAGAAGCUUUGCAGUGAGGCUGGUAAGGUUCAAGAUGAGACUGAUAAGAAGAAGAAGGAGUUGUCGCUGAUUCUUGACAAAAUUAAAGAAUCUGAGAACAACUUUAUGACGGUCGAUGAGCAACUAAAGUCUGCACGGAGGCUGUUUGAGGUUCGGUCAGUGGAGCUACAGUCGCUUAACAAUCAGGUAACAGUUUGUGGUGAAGAGAUUGACUCGAAAUCCAAACAUUUGGGGAAAAUCCAAAAGCUGAUUGAGCAACAAACCAUUGAGCUUGGUGCCAUGCAAAAUCAGUGUGAUUCUUUGAAACUGUUUAUCCAGGAAGAGCUUGUUGCAAAAGAGAAGAUACAGAAGGAGAUUUUGGAGGCUAUUAGCAGAAGCUUUGAGAUGGCUAAAGAGAUUAAAGCUGCGGAGACUGAAGUGAGUGAUUUGAAUGUAAAGUUUGAAAGGUUUAGGCACGAGGUUGAAGGCAAAGAAAAGGAACUACAUCUGCUUAGGAAUGAGAUAGAGUCGGAGGUAAUGAAAUUCAUUCAGGUUAAGAGAGAAAGGGAAGAGGAGACUGAUAGAAAGAAGAAAGAUUUGGUGCUGAUUCUUUCCAAGAUUGAAGAAUCCGGCAAAAAGCUUGCGGCUUUAGAUGAGCAAGUGGAAUGUGCUGGAGAAUCAAGCAAGCGUUUUGAAAAUGACAUUGCGCUGAAAGAAAAGAAGCUACAAUCACUAACCAAUCUGAUAACAGUUUGUGGUAAAGAGAUUGACUCGAAGUCCAAAGAAUCGGGGGAAAUCCAAAAGCUGAUUGAGCAAAAACUCACUGAGCUUAAUGACAUGAAAAUUAAAUGUGAUUUUAUCGAGCUUUCAAUCCAGGAACGAUCUCAAGACCUUGUUACUACAGAGAUGAGACACAAAGAGGUUUUGGAAGAGAGGGCUAAAGAGGUUGAAGCAGCGGCGACUGAAGCAAGAGACUUGAAUGUAAAGUCUAAAAGGAUUAGGCAGGAGGUUAAAGGUAAAGAAAAGGAACUAACUCUGCUUACGAAACAGAUUGACUCAGAGGAACAGAAACGCAUUCAGAGUAAGAGAGAAAUGGAGGAGAUGACAGAUAGAAAGAAGAAGGAGCUGUCACUGAUUCUUGACCAAACCAAAGAAUCUAGCCAGAAGCUUGCGGCUCUUGAUGAACAAGUGGACUCUCUACGGAGACUAGUUGAGAGACUGUCAGUGGAGCUGGAGUGUGUUGUAGAAUCAAGCAAGCGCUUCCUGUUCGACCUUGAGGUUAAAGAAAAGAGGUACCAAGCGUUGAACAGUCUGAUAACGAUCUCUAGUGAACAGCUUGACUUGAAAUCCAAAGAACUGGUGGCAAUGGAAAGAGAUGUUGAGUUGCAGAAACAGCUGAGAGAAAUGAUCGCUGCGCUUGUCAAUCGUGAGAAGCAACCAGCUGCAGAAGCAGCACCUACCGCAGAAACUGAAGAAGCUCUCAUGCAUUGUGGAAUCGCAGCUCUUACGCGCCAUGAAGUCUCCAGCAUUCUCAGAGCCAUGACUAAUCCAGCAGAUUAUGUUCUGGAACUAGUACAUGACGACAUUUGUGAAAGAAGAGGUUUACAUGACUCGUUCCUGGAGGUUUUGGUUCUUCUUUUCGAGGAGCUCGCCAAAAUCCAACGACCGGACGAGUCUCAACUGCAGCUAAAGGCCGAGGAAGUUGCAUCUCUAUGGAAAGAGAAGAUAACUAUUGAAGCUCCAAAGUCAUCUCUGGAGGCCUUGGCCUUUCUUCUGUUCAUUGUGGCGUAUAAAUUACAGAAAGUGAUCACUAAAGAAGAAACUGCUCUACUUGCUUCGUUCAUUGCUCAAUACGAACAGGCUCCAACGAUCUUGAACUCCCUUGGCCUCAAGCUUGAGAUGAUCCCAGAGAUUGUUUUAGGUCUCAUUGAUAAACACCAAUACAUUUCCGCAGUCAGGCUAAUAUGUGUGUUUAAGCUUAAGAAUGACUUCUCACCCUCGCUUCUCUUAAAGGAAGAGAUCAAGAAUUUAAAACGGUCUGCACUGGAAAUGAGAUCCUCCCAGGCUGAAGACGAAGAUGCUAGAAGACUGAGAGCUAUACUUGAGCUUGUGGCAAAUUAUAACCUCCAAAUCAAGCCCCCAAGGGACAUCAUCCGGCUCUUCGCUAAGCUCAUGGUUCAAAGAGAAAACUCAACCACUUGCUCAUCAAAUCCACAAGCUGCUGAUUCUCAACUUUCAAAUUUCGCCUUAUCUUCGUCUCGCUGUGCACUUCGACGGUUCGACCUUUCUGGGCUUAUAUACUCUCUCAGGCCACACUUUCAAGCCUAUUGGAUUUAUUUAUGUGAUGAAGGAUGUCUGCAUUGUUCACAGAUCUCACAAUUCUCGUCUCUGAAAUGGGACUAUGAUUAUUUCGUUUCCCUGACUGUUCUGUGUUUUGGAGACUUAGUUGAGUGA